CACAUCAGUUCAAUUCCGGCAUUGACUGACUACUUUGACCGACCGAUUACUCAAGGUAUCAUUCACUCACCUCCGAUCAUUUUUGCAAGUUUCAGUCUACAUUACAUGAGGAGGUUGCAUGGAAUAUGGGGGUGCUGCUCCUGGCAUGUUUAUGUUUACUGAAGUGACUGCUCUAUGGUGGCAAUAGGUUCUUGCUUCGACAUCCAUACCACUAGCUGGGAGAGCAGGGUUAAUAUUUGGUUGAGAUAAAGUAAAUAGUGCCAUGGGUGUCUCGGGUAAAUGGAUUAAGGCAUUGGUUGGCUUGAAAAAAUCAGAAAAGUCGCACUCUUCAGUGAAAGAUGAAAAUACAACAACUCCUAACAGGUUUCGGCACAGGAGAAAGCAUUCCAUUGAAAUUGAUUCAGAUAGACUUCAACAUGAGUUUGGUGCCAAUGCUGCUCUACCAAUUGGACAUAUUCAAUUAAAUCCAGAUGUUGUGGAUUCUCCUUCUAGUUCACUUGAAGUACAGAAUGCACAGAGUGAACAGAAUGUCAGAGAAGAGUUCGCUGCUACAUGUAUCCAAACAUCUUUUCGCGGCUUUCUGGCCAGAAGAGCGCUUCGGGCUUUAAAAGGAUUAGUAAGACUUCAAGCCCUAGUUAGAGGCCAUGCUGUGAGGAAGCAAGCUGCAAUAACACUUCGCUGUAUGCAAGCUUUAGUUAGAGUUCAGGCUCGUGUGAGAGCAAGGCGUGUUCGUCUGGCAUUGGAAGGUGAAACGACAGAAGAGAGACUACAGCAACAACUUGCAAAUGAGGCUCGUGUCCGAGAAAUAGAAGAAGGAUGGUGUGACAGUGUAGGAUCUGUUGAAGAAAUUCAGGCCAAGCUGUUGAAGCGGCAAGAGGCUGCGGUUAAGCGUGAGAGAGCCAUGGCAUAUGCACUUGCUCAUCAGUGGCAAGCUGGAACAAGACAGCAGUCCGCUCCCUCUGGGUUUGAACCAGAUAAAAACAGCUGGGGAUGGAACUGGUUAGAAAGAUGGAUGGCUGUCCGUCCCUGGGAGAAUCGCUUUCUAGAUAUUAAUCUUAGAGAUGGAGUAAUGGUACAUGAAAAUGAAUCAACAGAGGCUAAGGAUGGCAGCAGAUCAGGGUCGAAGUCUGUUGGCAAGAAACCUAUUGUGUCAACUGUUCAAUCGAAUCUUUUAAGUCAAAAAGCUGUACCCUUUCAUUCCAAUGGGUGUGAUUCUUCACCCAGCAGUUCGGCAGGUGUCCUAGAGGCAUCCCACACCCAAUUUGGAAAGCCAAAUGCCAAGCCCUGUUUGGAAGAUUCAAUUGAAAGAGGAAACUUGAAACCUGAUAUUGCAUCAAGAUCCCAUAGUAAUCCAAAAGAGAGAACAACAGGACCGGAUAAACAGGCACAUAAGCGGUUGUCUCUGCCUAGUAAUGGUGGUCUUACUGGUCAAACUGCCAGACAUCCAAUUAGAUCUAAUUUCAAAGGGACAGCCAGUUCUCAGAAGCACAUCAAGGCAAAAUCAAAACCCAGUGGAAAAGGGGACUAAAACUCUUCAAAGUUAGCCAUGCAAGCUGUUGUUUUGCAACUUUAAAUGCCACAUGAAACUAAGUUUCUGCACAUUUGCCGUCUGAGGCAUUUGCUAUUUUAUGUCUGUACAUAUUGAUCCACAUUCUGAGAGGAUGUAGCAGCAGCAGUUUCAGGAAUGCAUCAGUUGGUGAUUGUUGGAGGGAAUAAGACUAGUGAGAUCAAUGCGUGAUUGUUAAAUAUGUUAAUAUCUGGUGUACUAUUUAAGUCUACAAUUUUCAAAGUUGUUGGCUUCAAGAUUUGCCAUUUACUUGGAUACUAAUAAAUCAGUGUACUAUUGUUUUGCAAUAAUAGAACUCGGAAUUGGGGCG